UGUUAAAAUUAUCUUCUCGUAGCCGUGGUUUGAGCUGAGUCAACUGGCUUGCAGAGACUCGGAGCGCUCUUUCAGCUAUUGGAGGAAACGAAAGAGCUUGUUUUUCUCUUGAAAUCCCUUGGAAUAACUAACAGCUUUAAUUGUUUCCACUUCUUUUCAAAAAUUGUUGAGUCUUCUGAAGAGGAUAAUUAUUUCCGAGGGUCCUUGGAUUUAGAGUUUUGUUCCUCCCACCCUCAUUUCUAACUUUUGCGCCAACCCAGUUUAAUCAUGGUGAUGUUCAAGAAGAUAAAGUCUUUUGAGGUAUUCUUUAACGAUCCUGACAAGGUGUAUGGCAGUGGGGACAAGGUAGCUGGCCGGGUGAUAGUGGAGGUGUGUGAAGUCACUCGAGUCAAAGCUGUCAGGGUCCUAGCUUGCGGAGUGGCCAAAGUCCUCUGGAUGCAGGGAUCGCAGCAGUGCAAACAGACCUUCGAGUAUCUGCGCUACGAAGACACGCUUCUCCUGGAGGACCAGCCAGCAGGUGAGAAUGAGAUGGUUAUCAUGAGACCUGGAAACAAAUAUGAGUACAAGUUUGGCUUUGAGCUUCCUCAGGGGCCUCUGGGAACAUCUUUCAAAGGGAAAUAUGGGUGUGUAGACUACUGGGUGAAGGCUUUUCUUGAUCGUCCCAGCCAGCCAACUCAAGAGACAAAGAAGAACUUUGAAGUGAUGGAUCUAGUGGAUAUCAAUACCCCUGAUUUAAUGGCACCAGUGUCUGCUAAAAAGGAGAAGAAAGUUUCCUGCAUGUUCAUUCCUGAUGGGCGGGUGUCUGUUUCUGCCCGAAUUGACAGAAAAGGAUUUUGUGAAGGUGAUGAAAUUUCCAUCCAUGCUGACUUUGAGAAUACAUGUUCCCGAAUCAUUGUUCCUAAAGCAGCCAUUGUAGCCCGCCACACUUACCUUGCCAAUGGCCAGACCAAGGUGCUGACACAGAAGUUGUCCUCAGUUAGAGGCAAUCAUAUUAUUUCUGGAACCUGUGCAUCAUGGCGUGGCAAGAGCCUUCGGGUACAGAAGAUCAGGCCUUCUAUCCUGGGCUGCAAUAUCCUUCGAGUUGAAUAUUUCCUGCUGAUCUAUGUUAGUGUCCCAGGCUCCAAGAAAGUCAUUCUUGACCUACCAUUGGUAAUUGGCAGCAGGUCAAGUCUGAGCAGCCGGACCUCGAGUAUGGCCAGCCGAACCAGCUCCGAGAUGAGUUGGGUGGAUCUAAACAUCCCUGAGACUCCUGAAGCUCCUCCUUGUUAUAUGGAUAUUAUUCCUGAGGAUCACCGAUUAGAGAGCCCCACCACUCCUCUGCUAGACGACACAGAUGGUUCUCAAGACAGCCCUAUUUUUAUGUAUGCUCCUGAGUUCAAGUUCAUGCCACCACCUACUUACACUGAGGUGGAUCCCUGCAUCCUCAACAACAAUGUGCAGUGAGCAUGUGGAAGAAAAGAAGUAGCUGUAUCUGCUUGUUUCUUUUCAUCUCUUCCUGGACUCUUCCGUUUCAGGGAGUCAACAGUCUCCAUAAGUGGGGGUUGGGUCCACCCCAGCCUCUGAUUUCCCAGUGUAAGAGGUGACCAGCAGGCAAUCUCCUGGGCCUUGAAGAGGGUGCAUACUCAUCCUCAGCCAGUGAGAUGAUAUGUGAUUCAGGGUGUUUACUAGAUGGGUUUUAAAACACUCUAGAAAAAUUUAGGCCCAUCCUGUUUUCUCAAAUUUUGAAAAUUGAGGUAUAUUCAGUAGAAAUGGCCUCUUGGCAUGGUCUUACCAAGGUUUGUUUGGAGGAGAAUAUAGAUGUUGUUAUAAUGAUAUCAGAUCUUGAGUUCCUUGCUGUGUGGAACAGAGCCAAUUUAAGAGCAAAUUGGGAAAAUGAAAAUGGGGGGAAAAUCAUAUUCAAAACUUUGGGAAAAGGGGGUUCUUAACAUUUUUGCCUUUAUUCGUACAUUUAUAGGAAGGAAAAAAGCACUCCAGAGCUGAUUUAGUCUGGACUUUGGAGAGCCUCUUAUGUGAAUUAAAGGGAAGAAGCUCUAAGGGUGUCUUUUGCUAAGAAUAUACUUUAAUCUGGCCUAAAGUAUUAGUAAGCCCUACCAAAGGUCUUACAGCCAUUUUUAGAGCCUAUUGCACUGUGUUUUCCUGUUGAAAAUGUGGGAGAAUGUGUUUUUCUUUUCAUGUGAGUCCUUGGAAUUGAUUCUAAGGGAAUGUUUUUAGCACUUUAGUUUCUGUCAUUUUUUUCUUUUUCUAUCAAAAUGUAAGCUAAAACUGGUCUUACUAUGUCCUUAGGGAUAAGCACAAGGACAAAUUUUUAAAAAAGUUGCUUAUUUUGAGAUUUCAUCCCAUGUACAGAAUUCUAUAAUUCUGACACUCAUAUGAGAAGGGUUACUGGUAUCAAUCAGCCUUUCCCACUGUGACUUUUUCAUACCUAAGGAAAAACUCUAAAUCAAGAUGCCCCAACACUGAUCAGAGCCUUCAGACAUUGCCAUGAGAAACUGGAGGGCAGGUCUUCAAAAAAGUCCCCAGGGCUUCCUUUUCCUAACCAGUGUUAGGAGAUGGGGGAUGUUAAGAGUCCCUCUCUCACUACAGUCUUUAGCACUUUGUUCCGUCCUGUGUUAGAGCACUGAGCUCCACUCUUUUGUGAGAAAGUGUGUGGACUGAAGGUGGUUUUUUUUGUGUGUGUAUCUUUUUGUAUGGUAAACUAUGUAUUUUGUACUUAACCAGAUGGAUUUUCACCCCAAGUAGGGGUAGUCUUUGUAAAAAAAACAAAAUAAAAAUAAAGGUUUUUUAAUGGCAAAAA